AUGAAGGCAUCUCUUAUUUCUGUUGGUGAUUAUCUACCCGUUUCCUUUCCUUUCUGUCUUUUUCUUUUUCUUUUGCUUCUUCUCCGCACUUCUCGCAGGGGAAUUUUUUUUCUUGUACGCUUCCCUCCUCACCAUAAGAGUCUGAAGGAAAUAAUCAUGACAGCCAAGCCUGCAUCACAAUGCAAGGAAGGUAAGGAGGGUCGUGUACAGGAUCGUUGUGCUGACGGUGACGAAGGCCUCGUUACGUUGUUAAUCCAAACGCUGAAAAUUUUGAUACCGACGGAUAUUAGUGGAAUUCUCAUGAUGGCGUCUCAAACGAUUACGCUGAUGUUCGUCGGAAACCAUCUUGGGGAAAAGGGGAUGUCUGAGUACAGUGCUGGGCUUCUCGUCUUCAAUGUCCUUGCCAUGUCCAUCGUUUGUGGGUUGGGCGCUGCAAUCGAUACUAUUAGCUCACAGGCCUAUGGUCACGACCCACAUUCCCCUCUGAUUGGCGAAACGCUACAAAGAGCUCUCGUUAUUGAUCUUGUCUUAUGGGCUUUAAUGAGUAUCUUCUUCAUCACAAGCAAACCUUUCAUGGUGUUUUCGUUCGGUGAAGGUCUCGGCGAGGGAGGUGCUCUGUUUCUCGCACACUGUCCGCUCUACUUACUAGCGCAGAUCGUAAGCGGUGUUGUUAGCAAAACAUUACUUGCACAGCGGCAGCCGUCUCUUGUCGCCUUGGCUAACUUCGUGUCAGCUGUGGCUUCUCCUUUCAUUAACUAUUAUCUAACACCAUUGGGGGUUCAUGGCGCGGCUUGGGCCCUUGGCUGCACAGUGAGUGUAUGUGCUAUCGCCGUCUCGCUGAUCGCUGCGUUUCACCCCGCUGUCGUAAUCUUUGACGCCCCGUGGCCGUCUCCCGCACUUCUGAGGAAAGAUGAAUGGAUAACUUUCCUUAGAGUGGGACUACCGUCGCUAGUGGCUGUAUGUGCUGAGUGGUGGGCAUUCGAGCUGCAAGCGUGUUUUGCAGUUACCAUAUCACCUCUCGCACUGGCGGUUGUUGGCGUCUUUAUGAACAUAUUAUCUUUGUUGUUCGCUCUGUCCCUUGGAAUAAGCGUUUCUGCAAGUGUCAUAGUAGGAAAUGCGUUGGGGUCCGGGCGAUACAAGUUUUCUAAGCGUUAUGCUAAAUUUAUAAUCAUUUGUGAUAUUGUAUUAGGUGUAGCAACGGCUGCUGCCCUUGUUUACAAUGGGGCAUUUGUCGCACGUCUCUACACUAACGUUCCCAGUGUGGCGAAGGCUGUUGAAUCGACAAUGCCACUUGUUGCCUUAACUCACAUGGCAGAUUCGCUGCAGCUCUGCUUGCAGGGAAUUUUCCGAGGUGCUGGUCAACCCAAGCAAGCGGCUCAAGGUGUGCUUCUCACUUUAUGGUUUGUGGGCAUCCCCUCUAUUGCCUUGUAUGUUCUUGUCUUCAAAUGGGGUGUGAAGGGCGUAAUCGGGGGUUUACUAACCGGUAUGGUGUUUGAAGUGAUUUUGCUUUAUUGUCUGAUGAGCCGCUGGGAUUGGAAGAAACUCGCACAAAAAGCUCUUGAGUUGACAGAAGGUGAGGAAAAGGCCCUGCUUUCCACUAACUGA